CCGCGUACGACGCGCGUCUGGUAACACUGACGUACGUAUGUGCGUGCGCUUCCAAAAUCAUCCGGCCGUCACCUGCAGUUACCUGUGCCGACAAACGAGAAGGGAUAGUGACUUAGAAGCGACAGCCAAGAUGUUCAAUUUUCAUAAGCCAAAGGUCUAUCGCUCCAGCACUGGCUGCUGCAUCUGCAAAGCCAAAUCCAGCAGCUCGAGGUUUACAGAUAGUAAAAAGUACGAGGAUGACUUUGUGGAAUGUUUUCAACUGCAAGAGAGGCGUACUGGCGAGAUAUGCAAUGCAUGCGUUCUUUUGGUUAAGAGAUGGAAGAAGUUGCCAGCUGGGAGCAAUCGCAACUGGAGACACGUAGUGGACGCGCGCGCUGGCCCUGGCAUCAAGUCUCUAACGAAGUACAAGUCGAGGAACAAGAAGAAAGUGAAAGACAAACCGGAGAAGACCGAGAAGAUUGUAAAAAAGAAACAUGUUUACUUAAAAACGGAGGCUGAUCGUGAACAUAGUCCUGCCAUGAGCGACGACUUGAUUGAAUAUUACAACGUUGCGGAAGUAGGCAGCAAAGAUUCGAGCAGGUCGGAAAGCCCUACAGAUAGCGACGGCAUCGCGGAGAAGCAAUUGGAUGUGGUGCCACCUGUUGAGCAUAUGGAAGUGGAACAUGUUAAUGAUUUCAUCGAUUUGUCGUACUUCAAAAGAGAGGUCAUCUGCUGCGGUGUAAUCUUCAAGGGUCAUUACGGCGAGGUGAUUGUGGAUCCUUCUCUACUGAAACCCUGCGUAGGCUGUCUGGCUGGUAGGAGACAGCGUGACGGCUCGUCGUCUGCAUCCGAGGCUACUAGCCCCACUCACUCUGCGUCCGUUAGUCCGGCGCAUAGUGUCGAAUUGCCGCCGGAGGCGAGCGUCGUUUCCUCCAAACAAAACCCUAAAACGACCUUCAGCGAUUCAUCGUCCGAUUCCGGCUACGAUGAAUGCUCCAAUCAGGGCGUGGACAGCGGCAACAAGACUGGCAAACACGGUCCUGAUAUCAAGUUGCUUCAACGGAUGGACCAAAUGUCCUGUAAAUCUUUGACAGUCGACGCCGACGUCGUGAUUAAUCCACCGCCUCAGAUCCAGCCGAUGUCGUCCAAUUAAUGCCGACUGUUCGUAGAGUGCUAAUUUAUUCUUUAACACAUACACACAAAAACACAUAAACGUGCGUACAUAUGGCUCUUUUUGAGCCAUAGGGAUGCAUUUUGAAUAUUUGCCAAUCGAUUCUCGCCAGGGUCCAAAGACGAGAGGGGAAAGAUUUCGACUUGAGGAAUUUUAAGAGAAUGAAUACUAGAAAUUGAAAUGUUUUUCUCAACAAGUUUGCUGAAAUUAAUAUUUUUAAUUGUAAAAUAAACAGAUGAAAUCUUUGUAUGAUUUUUCAUAAAAGUUUUCAAAAUUUCUAAAAGUGAAAUCUAAACCAUCACAAUUUGUAAAAAUUUCAAUUUUUGAGAAUUUAGAAAUCUGAUCGAACACAUUUCAAUUCAUAUUAAUUUAAUUUUUGGUAAUUCAAAUUCCAAAAAUUCCGAAAAUUAUUAUUUCAGCGAUCAAUCAAGAAUUUCAGAACGUACAAUCUUUAAAAUUAAAUUAUCUUCAGCAGCAAAAAUUCUCAAAAUUUCUGAUGUUGAAAUUUUCAAACCAACAAAUUAAUAAGACUUGUCACACACGGUCCGAAGAGAUCGUAUAAUCCAGAUCACUCGGUAUCAGGUGCAAUUUUCGGCCAGAUUUCCGUGUUGACAUCUCCUUCCUGACGCUGUGUGACACGCGGCGUCAGAGAAGGAGUGGAGAGAGCGGCGGCCCUAUCGUGAAUGAAUUUUCCGCUAUAUCAAAGAUAUAUAUAUAUAUAUAUAUAUAUAUAUAUAUGUAUAUAUAUAUGCGGAAUAAUACGAUUGCUCGUAAGUACAUUUGUACAUAUAUAAUCAUGGUGAAAAUACAUUAUUAUAUCUUUCAUAUGACAGAGAAUCCGACUUCGCCGUAUUCAUAGUUCGGCUGCUCCUGACAUCCGCAGAACAUCGUAGUUACACGCUCGGUUGCUAUGUCGCAAGGAGGAGAUAGUUUCAAAUCUGGCCACAUGUCUGAUACCGAGCUCUGGUUUAAUCAAAAGCGAUCGUUGAUAAUCAGUGACAGGUCGUCGAUAUAGCAAUAAAUGAAUGUGAAAACGGUUAAAGUCAGUUCUUAUUUAGACAGUAUUAGGAGAAAUGGACGAAUUUAUCUAGAUAGAGAAAUUCGCGCGCGCGCGCGCCUACACACACACACACACACACAAAAUGCGAACGUGGCAAUCAGAUUGGCAAACUGGACCAGCGAGUUUUAAUAGAUGUAUAAUCCUAGAUGAUAGAGGUAAUUUGGAAGAGAGAAAAGAGUAAUUAAGUAAAAACUGUUAGUUCCUAGUUGACAAAGGAAAGAUGAGCACGCAUCGAUUGCGCGUUUAGCGUAGAGUUGAUUCAGUUUUCAUCUCACUUGCGUGGGAUGUCACAGAGUACGUGACACGUUCUCGUUGGGUCGACCAAGCGAGACGGUCGGAGGUGAUCUUUCGACGCUUGUAUCGAUUGGUAAUUGAAAUUCAGUUUCGAUUUCCAGUCGAGACAAGUGAGAUCGAGCAUUUCCGACUGUUUUUGUCGCAUAUAUUGCUAAACGCGGGAAGAAAGACGGGCUAAAAAAGAAAAUGGGACGUACAAGCGAGUACCUGCUGAGAACAAAAAGGAAGAAAACCGCAACUGUGAUCUCGUCGAGUUGCCUUUUUUUUCAUCAAAAAUUCUUUCUUCGGACUUUUUUCCACGCACAAACGAAAAAAAAAAUGGAACUCGUUUAGUGAUACACGUCUUAAACUCUCUGUGCCAGGGUUCGUGAUGAUGGAGCAUUUACAGAAUCGAGUAUAAUUUAUCCUCUCAAAAGAAAAUGAGAAAAUAAUGUUUUCGCCAAUGUAAAACCAAUGUGAAAGGUUGCAGAGAUUGGAGAGAAAGAUUUAGAGUUCAAAGAUCGCCCUGGAUGUAGAAAAGCACAGAUCUCUGGAAUUGCUUUACUUUGGAAAGAAAGAGAGAAAAAAUGCAAAACUAAUGACUCUCGGCUUAAACACUGGAUCCGAGAUCAAAUGCGAAAGUGAGAAAAAUGUGCAAUAAACACAUCGUCGAUCCCGUCCAGCUAAGCUGAGCUACGAGUCAUUAAUCUCUUAAGUUAUUCCUAAGCGAAUAUAUCAGAGAAAUAUAACACUCGUGUAUGUAAAUGAUGUAAAAAUGAUAAAAAUUGCCCAUCGAGACGACUCGAAAGUUCACCGACAAUCUCUUACGAUUAACGUAAAUGAAAUGAGAAAGGGAUAACAGUUUUUUUUUCAUCAACAAUCAAAUGAACAUCGAAAUCGCCGGGCGAUGCGUCGCGGGAAGCGGUCGAUCGAACGAUCGCCUCCUCCCAUGAUGGAUCAUAUAUUUGUACGUUUCUUCUUUGAACUAGGAUCUAUGANUUAUCA